AUGGCGUCCGAGCUUGAGAAGCUCAUUUCCCGGCUGGACCGGCUCAAUGAGGAGCUGGAGCCGGAGUCGGUUAAGCAGAACCGCCUGGCCAAGGAGGCGACCACCAUGGCCAAGAACAGCAGUGCCAAUGAUGACUUCAGCAAGCAGAAGAGCAAGGUCUCCUCGCUGAUCCGCGACACGCGUCAUCAACUGAAAAAGCGCUCGGACCUCAUGGAGAAGGUCUCCAGCAAGGGCCCCUCCUCGCGGGGGCGCGACAAUGCAACCAUCUCCCAGAUGGGCGCCGCCAUCCGGAAGUCCAUUCGUGAGGUGUACAACGCCAUCACGGAUUUGGAGCAGCUCCUGCCGCCGCAGGUGGCCGAGACCCACCGCGAUUACGCCUUCUUUGCCACGCGCUUGCGGAUAGUCGAGCUGGCGCGUGCCCACGCCAAGGAGCUGGAGGCGCUCGAGCGAGGAAACACGACCAGCACCUCGGCGCAGAAUGAGCUGACCUCUGGGGCAUCGCCGCUUGGAUCCUUCGGUGUAUCGGCCUUCGGGCAGCCGGAGCGCUCAGGCCCCGCCGACCCGACGGUGUCCAAGUUGGAAGACCUGGAUGACAUUUCGGAUGACAUUGCCCGCGUGCGCGAGCGCGAGAAAGACAUUGAGCGCGAUAUCGAGCUCAUCGCCGAGGGUGUGCAGGCACUUCGGUCGGCGGCGGAGGACAUCGGCGACAUUGUCACCCAGCAGAACCGCAUGAUCGAGCAGGUUGAUGCCAAGGCCGAGCAGGCCAACCUCCGUCUGCAGACGCUCAAUGGCCGGAUGAAUGACACGGUCAAGGGGAUGAUGAAGGGCGACAAGUUCAUUGUCACCUUCAUCCUGGUGGCGGUUCUGCUGGCUCUGAUUGCCUUCAUGUCCAGCUACUUCUGA